AUUUAUCUAACAUUUGCCUGUAGAAGGUCUCGGCAUUCGCUUACGCCUCAAUAAUGGGGUUUGAACUCGCUUCGUGUCUCCCUGCUCCGGUGAGGAUGUCACGCCCUGUCUGACUCGUGUAGUCUGGCUGGUCGCACUAUUUCGAAGAAGCAGUGAUGUUUCAGGUGUCUUGUACCACGGCUGGUAUGUUGGAACUAGAAUUUCCUCAACCAAUAGAGUCGGAUUCUUCGGCAUGAUGCGAUGGCGUCAAUCUGCCGACGCCGGACGGGGCUCUGGACUAGACCAGAGAACAUGACGAGACCCUAGAAUGAGUGGAUUCAAUUAGUGGGGGUUUACGAACAUGCCAGUGUACCCCAAUCAUAUAUUUCUCCUAGCCUCCCACUCCCGGCAGGGGAGUUGCUUCCAGCUGGUCCCUUUGUCUUCUGACACCAAGAAAAGAGAUGUUUCCAGCCCUCCGGAAUCCGGCCCGCCUGCGGCCGUUGAUUCGCCAUAUUCAGAAGGAUCAAUUGCAACCUCACCGACUCCAAGAUCGUUACCUGACUCGAUGUUUUGUGCGAAUCCCACCCAACAAGACACCUGGUCUUCGAAGCCUGCAACAGCGUCGAUAUGCUCACGAUCACAGGGGAGCCAGACACCAAGAUGUGGCAGCCCAGGCGGAGCAGCCAGGAAACGUGGAGGGCGCUCAAACUAAUGCAGUUUACGAGGCAGCGUACCGCUUCGAACAUUCCCCGGCUCCUUUCAGAGUCCUUAUCCUCGGCGGCUCGUAUGCCGGCCUUGCAGCU